AAAAUUAUUGAGCUGGUAUGUAUGUAUGUAUGCAUGCAGUCGUUCGCUAACACGGGGGCGCUGGUGACGUGCGUGAAGAACUUCCCGGAGAGCCGCGGUGUGGUGCUCGGCCUCCUGAAGGGCUUCGUCGGGCUCAGCGGCGCCAUCUUCACGCAGCUCUACUACGCCAUCUACGGCGGCGAGGACUCCAAGUCCCUCGUCCUCCUCAUCGCCUGGCUCCCGGCCGUCGUCUCCAUCCUCUUCGUCCACACCAUCCGCAUCAUCCCCUACCCACGCGGCCGCCACGCCGCCGAGACCACCUCCCCCUUCUACUGCUUCCUCUACAUCUCCAUCGCCCUCGCCACCUACCUCAUGGUCGUCAUCGUCGUCGAGAACCAGGUCGCGUUCUCGCACGCCGAGUACAGCGUCGGCGCCGCCGUCCUCGUCGUCCUCCUCUUCCUCCCCCUCGCCGUCGUCGUAAAGCAGGAGGUCAGGAGCUCCAAGCAAGAAGACGGCGUCGAUCGUUCAUCCUCCUCUAAUCCUCCGAACGGUCCCCCGCUGACCAGCAUUGCGAUCGUCGAGAAGACGUCUGCGGAGGAGGAGGAGGAGCCACGAAAGCGGUCGUGCGUCACGAACAUGUUCAGCCCUCCGGCGAGGGGCGACGACUACUCGAUCCUGCAGGCACUGGUGAGCGUGGACAUGAUCGUGCUGUUCGUGGCGACGAUAUGCGGGGUGGGCGGCACGCUGACGGCGAUCGACAACAUGGGCCAGAUCGGGCAGUCGCUCGGCUACCCGACGAGGAGCAUCAACACCUUCGUCUCGCUGGUGAGCAUCUGGAACUACGCGGGCCGCGUCGCCGCCGGGUUCGCGUCCGAGUUCCUCCUCGCCAAGUACAAGUUCCCGCGCCCGCUCGUGCUCACCUUCGUGCUCCUGCUCGCCUGCGUCGGCCACCUCCUCAUCGCCUUCGGCGUGCCGCAGUCGCUCUACGCCGCCUCCAUCAUCAUCGGCUUCUGCUUCGGCGCGCAGUGGCCGCUGCUCUUCGCCAUCAUCUCGGAGGUGUUCGGCCUCAAAUACUACUCGACGCUCUACAACUUCGGCUCCGUCGCGAGCCCGAUCGGGUCGUACAUACUCAACGUGAGGAUCACCGGACACUUGUACGACCGCGAGGCCGCGAAGGAGAGCGACGGGCUCGCCGGAGUGGUCGGCAAGGACACGACGUGCAUGGGAGUGCACUGCUUCAAGCUCUCGUUCAUUAUAAUAAGCGCCGUGACCGUGGUGGGGGCCUUGGUCUCGUUGAUACUGGUGUGGAGGACAAGGAAGUUUUAUAAGAGGGAUAUAUAUGCUAAAUUCAGAGACUCUCCUCCUACUGUGGAUAUUGUGGAGAAUAAUAGUAAUAGUAAUGGGGUGGUGGGGGAGAGUGUUAAUGGAGUGGAGGAGAAGUGUGUUGCAGAGAAUAAUGGAGUGAAUGGGGUGAGGUUAAUAAGAGAAUAGGUUUGUUUGUUUUUAAUUUCAAAAAAGAAGAGAUUUGUAAUUGUAUAAGCUAGCCAAAAAACUCAUAUUUAUUUAGUGUGUGAAAGAUGAUAUAUAAAAGAAUAUUUCGAGCUUCUUUUUCAUUAAA